AUGGCCCGCGCGCCGCAUCAUCCGACGUCUCUGUUUCCCAGUGCCCCUCCGUGCACCACCCAGCCGUCGCCCACCCCCGGUACGCCUCCACCCGACACUCAAGCACUUCCCCCCCGGUACCUCUCCGCCAGACGAUCCGGCGUGUUCCCUACCGGUCGCACGAAUUGGCAACGUCUAUACGGCGACCGCCGCAAACGUUUCGAGAGUUACGUGCACUCUCCGUCCAUCAUCACCGACCUUGGGGACCGCCGAGACGUUGUCGCCGGACCACUCACCCCCGAUCAUCACCCUUUUCGAUGGCUAGUCGUUCAAAGCAAUAUACGUGAUGAUUUAAUACUACAUCUACGUCACGUUACUGGUACUUGCCCUGCAAAGACCCGUCGAAAACACAACAGGUCCAAAACGGUUAUCGAAUAG